AUCCGUAGGACUUACGGUAAAGACAGACGUGUAUUUAGCUUGACAGUGAUGUGAGUCUGCGCUUGAACUCAGCUGGUUUCCGUUUGAGCGAUAAGUCACUCAUGAAUUCAAAGGGAGAUGUCAUCCGACCUAAAGUUAAACUUCGGAAAUUGUCAACAAUACCCAGCGAUGGAUAGCGAAACGGGCAUGUUCCCUAUCGAUCAGGGAGGAGAGUGGGACCUUAACCUGUUCGAUGAACUGGAUGACCUGGGGGAUGCAGAUGAGCUGCUCGAGGCCCUCGAAAGCGGUGCCUACGCAAAUGAAGGUCAUCUGGAUUUUGAUAUCGACAUUCCUCCUUGGAAUGAAGUGGACACAAGCAGCACCUGCACAGAUGGUGAGGUGAGUGUGGACUCUCUGUCUCCUUCCCACACGCUGAGCUCCGUCCCCUCUCCUGCUUCGGUGGAAGCUUUGUCUCCAUCGUCCUUACACGAUGAGGCACUGUCCCCUCAGUCACAGCUUUCCCCAGUUUCAGUUUCGUCCGAGUCCAGUGGUUUCUCUGAAGUCUCUCUGCCACUCAAGAAGGUUGCAAAGAGGAGCACUCAAUGGUCAAGAGCUAAACCUGCUCAGCCUGCAAAGAGACCAAUUCAGAUGAGCUCACAGAUCUCCAUCCAGCCCAGACCGCUGAUUGCAGCCAUGCCUUUGGCUCCAGCAGCAACAGCAGCUUCUUUGCAGCCGAAGACAAUAAUCAUCCAGCCCCUGCAGACCACUGUGCUGCCUGUUGUCAAGCCGGCUCCAAUCAGCAUCCAACCAGCACCCCCACCAGGCCAUCCCAUAGUGCUGUCCCAGGCGAGCCAGCUUCUCCACAUCCAGACACCACAGGCCGUCUCUGCUAAUGUGGUUGCUGUGCCAACACUCACCCAGGACAAGCAUGUUCCGGUAGCUGCUCCCCCACUGGUUUCUGUCACGCUUCGAACCCCUUCCUCAGACGACGACUCCAGGCUGUCCCAGAAGCAGCAACGCAUGAUAAAGAACAGGGAGUCAGCAUCGCUCUCUCGCAAGAAGAAGAAAGAGUAUCUGCUCUCGCUGGAAGCUCGUCUGAAAGUAGCGCUGUCUGAAAACGAGGCACUCAAGAGUGAGAACGGCAACUUGAAGAAGCAGCUGGAAGGCCUGCUGGGUCAGAACUCAGUUCUUAAAGCAACAGCACCCAAGAGGAGAGCUGUGUGCCUCAUGGCUGUUCUGGUGUUCCUGGUGCUAAAUGUGGGACCAACAAGUUUGUUUCAGAGGGGCUCCUUCUCCAACCUCGAUGUUGCUCCCAUGCAUCACAGUGGCAGACACCUCCUAGAUUUCUCCGAAUCCGACGUGGUGGCGGGUCCCGAGCUCACCAGCACACCGUUGGAGACGCCAGACAGAUCGGAGGAUAAGGCACUGAUGGUCGUGAAAAGUCCCGACUUUCUCAGACCUUCUCCCCCCUGCCAGCCUUCUGUCAACAGGACCAAGUGUAUUGAGUUGGCUCAUGAAUUGAGGGGUUGGGUCCACCGUCAUGAAGUACAGCAGACCAAAACCAGACACAUGAGUAACAACAACCAUAAACCCAUCAGAGACAUCCUGCAGAAAAUGGAUAAAAAGGAAGAUGAAAUUGUCCAAAUUGUCACUGUCCCGUAUGGAGAAAAUACAGAGGAAAAAAAUUCAGGCAGUGAGCUGCAGGUUUACUACGCACGUCAGCACGUCUACAGUGACUUCUUUGAUGAGCUCCAUCGCCGCCCAGACACUUUCUACGUGGUUUCUUUUCGGAGGGAUCAUCUUUUACUUCCUGCCACUAACCACAACAAAGGAAGUCGACCCAAGAUGUCUGUCGUGUUGCCAGCCAUGAAUGUUAAUGAGAGCAUUAUUAAAGACAAAGAGUUUGAAGUGAUGAUGCAGAUCGACUGUGAAGUUACCGACACCAGGAUCCUCCACGUCAGGUCCUCCAGCAUCCCGCCGCUGCUCCGGGUCAACCAGACGGACAAAUUUUACCAACACUCCCCGACCGACGGCAAGCCUGCGCCUCCAGUCGGAGUGCUGAUGGGCUCAUCGUAACGUCAUCCUAACCUCCAGUCGUCUUCGUAACUCCUCAGCGAUUGGGAAAUAACCUAAACACCUCACUUUAUGAUUAUUUUCUAUAGAUAAGGAUAAACUCUGUGUGGUCCCACAGAUUUUAUAUUUGUGAUUUUAAAUUAAGGGAAGGCAUUUUUCAGAAUUGCACCAUAUUAGAAUAGAUCAAAAGCUGAGAGCAGAGGCUGCCUCCUUGGGUGGCAAGGCUGACUCCCCCCUCCAGCCCCUCACAUCCAUAUCAGGGUAAUUGUUAGUCUGCAGGGAGUCGAGCAUUGAACUCUGAGUCACCCCAUCAUCGUCACACAAGUAUUUCAACUCCUAAAAGUUCUGUUUUUAGGAGUUUUUCACACAGUGAUAUUUAAAGACAUCAAAAA